CACGCGACGACCAUGGCUGCCCAAAUAUCAACAGGAACGUCCGAGAUCCGCGACAUCACCAAGAUGGAGCGCAUAGGCGCCCACUCCCACAUCCGUGGUCUCGGCCUCGACGACCGGCUCGAGCCCCGCGCCUCCUCCCAGGGCAUGGUCGGCCAAGGAAAAGCGCGCAAGGCAGCCGGCAUGAUCAUCCGUAUGGUCCAGCAGGGGCGCAUCGCCGGCCGCGCCAUCCUCUUCGCCGGCCCUCCCUCGACGGGCAAGACCGCCAUCGCGAUGGGCAUGGCCCAGACACUUGGCUCCGACGUGCCUUUUACCAGCAUUGCCGCGAGCGAGGUUUUCUCGCUGUCCAUGUCCAAGACCGAGGCGCUUACGCAGGCUAUUCGAAGGAGUAUUGGCGUGAGGAUCAAGGAGGAGACGGAGUUGAUCGAGGGCGAGGUUGUGGAGAUUCAGAUCGACCGGAGUCUUACCGGGGCAACGAAGACGGGCAAGCUAACGAUCAAGACAACCGACAUGGAGACUGUCUACGACCUUGGCACGAAGAUGAUUGAUGCCCUUUCAAAAGAGAAAGUUCUCGCCGGCGACGUUAUUGCCAUUGACAAAACCUCGGGACGCGUCACCAAGCUCGGCCGCUCGUUCGCUCGUUCUCGGGAUUACGACGCUAUGGGUGCUGACACGAAAUUCGUCCAAACUCCGGAAGGCGAAGUCCAGCGUCGCAAAGAAGUCGUCCACACCGUCUCGCUGCAUGAGAUCGACGUCAUCAACUCGCGUACGCAGGGCUUCCUCGCCCUCUUCGCGGGCGACACUGGUGAGAUUCAGCCAGAACUCCGCGCACAGAUCGACGCGCGCGUCGCGGAGUGGCGGGAGGAGGCAAAAGCAGAGAUCGUCCCUGGUGUCCUCUUCAUCGACGAAGUGCACAUGCUCGACGUCGAAUGCUUCUCCUUCCUCAACCGCGCGCUCGAGAGCACCCUCGCGCCGCUCGUCGUCAUGGCCUCCAACCGGGGCAUCGCGCGCAUCCGCGGCACACACACCUCCGCACCGCACGGGCUCCCCGCGGACCUGCUCGACCGCGCGCUCAUCGUCUCCACGCGGCCGUACACGGCGGACGACAUCGCGGAGAUCGUGCACAUCCGGUGCGAGGAGGAGGACGUGCGGCUGAGUGACGACGCGCGGGACGUGCUGACGAGCAUGGCGGAGCAGACGACGCUGAGGUACGCGUUGCAGCUGAUCGCGUGUGCGCAGGUGCUCGCGAGGCAGAGGCGGGCGGAGGCGGUGGGCGUGGAGGAUCUAAGGCGGGCGUAUGGGUAUUUUAUGGAUGAGAAGAGGAGCGUGCAGUGGUUGAAGGAGCAGCAGGGGAAUUUGAUGUUUGAGGAGAGUCUUCCGGAUGGAGCGGGCGCUGUGGUGCCGGAGGGAGAUACGAUGGAUAGUACGUAGGGGUGCUUGAGCUCCGGGGAGGUAAAAGUAGUUUAAAAUCUAUCUGUCUUGCUUGCUAUCGCUUGUUAAUCCAGACCUUGUAGCUGUAUCUCUAAAGAUCAGGCGACUGAGGCCUCGACGAGUCGAAUACCGAGCAGCCUCGUUGAAAAUUUCGAUUCAGCCUACGGCUUUGCAAAACACUGGAUUGUAUAGAAUCAGAGGGAGAUCGAGAUUAUAUAUUCAGACCAGCCAAGUACGGUACGGUACGAUAAUGAUGUGC